AAGUAACAAGUACUUAAUCGGUUGGCUUGUCACCACACUACUUUGGCACUUGAAUGUACAUGUUUUGGACAUUUGGACUGGUUUCUAUAUAUUUCUCAGUAAAUUCGUAACGAGCUUGCAUUUUUGAUGGAUUAUUCAUAAAAACGAUUCAGUAAAUAUGAAGAAUCUCUCGAAAUCUUGACACUCUUACUCGCUUAAAAAAAAAGCUUUGGAAGAUUUUUUUUUUAUUAUUGACCAUCGCCCGGCCUCAGGGGAAACCUCGCAGCAUACAGUUUGAAGACCGAGAAAGACUACGACCCCCAGAGUGCACUGCGGCAGAAAGGCGUUAAAAACCGUUCCUCGGCGGGACGCCGUCAGGCAGCAAAACCUUUUUUUGUUUCGCGCGGCGGCUCGCCUGAACACGUCCCUCCGUGUUUCUCAUUAUCAAGGGACGGGAGUUUGGAGAGUUUUUAUCAAUUUUAAAAGCGGCGGGUUGGGCGUGACGCCGGAAGUGACGUCGCACAGACCGCGUCCUUGAGGGAGCCGUAGGCGCAGGCUGCGGGAAUUGUUUCCGGGGUCAGGGGUGGGCGUGUAGUCGGCGAAGAGGCGAUCACGAUGCUGAUCAAAGUGAAGACCCUCACCGGCAAAGAGAUCGAGAUUGACAUAGAGCCCACAGACAAGGUGGAGAGAAUAAAGGAGCGGGUGGAAGAAAAAGAAGGCAUCCCUCCCCAGCAGCAGCGGCUGAUCUACAGCGGCAAGCAGAUGAACGAUGAGAAAACCGCAGCUGACUACAAGAUCCAGGGCGGAUCGGUGCUUCAUCUGGUCUUGGCUCUGCGAGGGGGAGGCCUGCGAUGAUGGACUCUCUGCCCUCCUUGUGUGCCUCCCUCCCUGACCCUCCCCCGCGCUCCACAAUGGACAGAUCCGUUCGCGACCCUCCCACGCCCCUCCUGCUUCCAGGAGGACGGCCUCUCCCUCCCGGGAUGCUUCCGCAAGCCGUUGUUGGAGGGAGGCACUCUUGAGGAGGGGGUGCCUUUUCAGGGGACACAGCUCCCCCCUCCCCAUUGGCCUCGGUUCUCUUCCACCCAGGCAAGUUCCUAGGAGCUGCUUGUUCAUCCGCUCAUUUCUUGGCACCCCUGUUGAAAUGUUCCCCCCGUGCCCCGCGUUGGAAUGGCUGAAUGUUCAAUAAAGGUCUUUCAGAACCUU